GUGUGCGGACCUGUAAGUAACUCCAACGACAGAAAACAGGAUGAACCGUGGAACUCCAUCUAAUUCCGGUAAAAUUUUUAAUUUUUAUUUAAUUAUUUCUAGUUUCAUCGAAAUAAAUUAAAUAUUUUUUAGGCUUUUAUGAGUUAUUCAUAGGAAUUAGGAAAAUAUUUUUGCAACAGUCGUUGAAAAAAAAUAGUCGAUUGAGCGAUAAUAUAGAAGGGCGUUUCUUCUUUUUCUCCUUAUUCAAACCAAUUCAUUAUUCAUUUAUUAGUUCGGUGGGAGAAAACAUUUAGUUCGGUUAAUAUAUUUUAUAACUGUUUACAUUUUUAAAACAAAAUGACAUUUUUUAUCAAACGAUUACGUAACCGGUAUUGAUAUCAGCUGAUUAUGCCCAAAAAGCCGUGAAAGCGUUAAAAUUUUUCCUGAAUUGUGUAAUAUUCUCUGGCUAUGGAAUUAAUUUCAAUAAUUUGUGCAUUCAGCUUUUUAAUUAAUACUACAUUAUUCAUAGCUGACAUUUGACCCCCUUUCUUAUGUUAUAAUUCUGUAGUUUUCGAUACUGAAUCUCCCCUCCCGUCUUUCUCUACUAGCCAACCGCUGUUCUGUCAGAGGAUGUAAAACAUAUAGAAAUUUUUUGCACUCAGACAGCUUGUUUAUACUAAGUAGAGAGAAUUUUUGUCAACCAAAAAUCCUAAGCAACCCAUAAACAGAGGAAAACAAACUAACUGUCGCAGCCUCUAUCGCUUUCUGUUUCGAAAAUCUUUUACAGUCGUUACGUCAGGUUAGUUUUUAGAGUGCAAAGUCACAGUUUUGAAAAUCUAGGUAAUGCGAUUCCCAAUUCGUGAUAUUCUAAUUUUUCAUUUUCAUUUAACAAGACAUCGUAUUGUCUAUAAUUAACGACUUCUUAUCUCUUUUAUGAUUAUUUCCUAGUUUUAGGACUGAGUAACAUCUUAAUUUUGAAGAUUUUGCCACAUAACACUCGUUUUUAUUGAAAAGUAGACGAUAUAAUUUCUAAAAAUAGAGGAGAUGAAUAUUUCAACACGAAUAUUUAUACAUGAGCAGUGUUGUUGCAAUCUGUUGUGUAACUAUAUGGAGCAGUAAUCACUUGAACGUUGAGCCAUUCUAAAUCCUAUAAUGACAUUUUUUUUUUUUAAAAAAGACUCUUAGACUAUUUUUAAUAGAAAAAUAUUUCGAUUGUUAUAAAAUAUGCAUAAACAAUGAUUAUAGGAAGAGUAUUUAAAUUUUCUGGUAUAUAAUGUAUUGUCUGCUGUUUAAACUGUUUGAAGAGACUGCAUAGAUAAAUCGAUAUUUUAUUCAAUCUUUUCAAAUAUUAUAUUAUGUAAGACUCUUUUUCUUUGAGUCCUUCGUUUAAAAAAGACUAACAGAUUAGCCUUGGUUUCUUUUCGAUAAAUGUUAACUAAACAAUAUAACUGCAAGUGAAUAUUCAAAUACGUUCUUUUUAACCAUAGUUAUAUUUCUUUAAUAUAAUAAUAUUAUCAACUCCUCAGAAUGAUUUCGUGAAGGCAAAUUGACCUGUUCCGUUGAGAAAAGGAACACAUGUCCACAAAGACAAACUGAGAUAUAAACAUAGCUGUGUUUGACACAUGGCCUUUGGGAUAAAUCUUGUUUUCACUUUUAAUUGUAAAACUUUCGGUCCUCCUAAACUUGUCUAUUUUGAAGGAAGAAUAGUUUUUCUAUUUGCUUGAAUCAUCCAUCUUUUGAGAAAAUGAGUCAUUCAUGCAAAGCACACAUUUGAACGAUAUUCCCUUUCUCUAUUCCUUAAGAGAAGCUUUUUUUUAUACCUUGGCGUGUUUUUAGUUAUCGAAAAUAUUAGAAUAGAAUAUCCUGCUGUUAAAAUUCCAUAAGCGUUCUUGUUUUUUACUUUGUUAAUAUUCAUUUUUAUUGUAUUAUUAUAUACUGUUUUAUAUCAAGCUAAAUGAUAGAAAAGCUUAAGAUUAUCUUUUUUCUCAAGAUAUCAUUUUGUUUUAGUUAUUACUCGUAUUUAUUAAUAACUAAUGCAAGUUUAAAAGGAGUUUUAUAGCAGCAUUAACAUGCUUCAUUACUUGUUGUCUAGGUUGUGUAACAAUUUUGCGAUUGUUUUCAAACAAAAUUGUCUAUCUGUUUAGAUUGUUUAGGCAAUUUUUUUUAUUGAUUAGAAUAACAACGAUAAAAAGGACAAUUUUCGUUAUUUAAGUAGUUAGAAUAAGAAUAUAUUUUUUACAUAUUGGGAAUAAUAUUUUUAAUUCAAAAUUAAUUUAAUGAUGGUAAUGUAACUUUAUUUUAGAAUAUCGAUAAUUAAACAGUCUGUUUGAACUUCUGUUUAUUGAAUUUUACUCUAUUUUUAAUAUGCAGACGGUAUUGAAUUUUCUAUUGCUAUUUAAAGAUACUAUAACGUCACCGAUUCUUUGAUCACUAAUAGUGUAAUAAAAUUCUGUUUUCUUUAAAAUGGAGGAUAUUAUUUAGUAACUUGUUGAACGAUAUGGCGCACCCAGUUGCGUAAUCAAUUAUUUUACAGCCCUAUUGUAAAACUUGAAACAUAUUGAUUUUUCUUUUAUUUCCUAAAACGCAAUUAUAUGAAACAUGACCUUAGACUAGUCUGAUCUCGCUAAAUUAUCAUCACUAGUUAUACGAAAGAGUAUAAUCUUUCAAAAACCUCUAUUCCUACCUUUUUCUAGAUAAGUUUUGAUAAACAUCAUAUGGGUUUCAAAAGAUAAAGCCGACAGGUUUGCUCGUAAAAUAAAAUAAUAUCUUUUCGUUUGUAUUAAAAUAUCUAAAUACACUUGGCGAAGUUUAUAAAGAUGGAGCUUUUUAUACUUAUAUAUUACUGUAUACCGGUAUCUUUGACUUCCUUACUGUUUAAAUUUCAAUGAAUCGCUUUACUUCGAUACGAGAACCAACGCAGUUAUGGCAGCUAAAGAUUCAAAGGAUAAACAAAUGAGGGACUUGGUCCAACAAGUCCGAAAAAGUUGCCCUAGUCUUUCAAACCACGAUACUAUGUUGGUCCUGGAAUAUUAUAAUAAUGAUCCGGAGAGAACAAUAAAAGCUGUUAGAGCAGAUGGAGCAAAAGAGGCUUUGGGUGAAUGGAAUACAACAAAGCAGUCGGCUUCUAAAAAGAAGAAGAAGAACAACAAGAAAAAAGUUCAAAAUCAGCACGAUGACGAAAAAUCCGACCAACCUAUUGCUAAUGGUCGAGACAAGAAACUUGAAAAUCUUCACACUGCUUUAAAGAAUGAGGCAACUCGUCCUAAUUCUAUACAAGUUCACAAUCAGGCUGAGAGUAAAACUAUUAACAAUAAUCAUGGCGUGGAUGCCAGCGAGUUGCGGCAAAAAGCUAAAGAAGCAAAACAAGCCGGACAUAGGAAAAGAGCCGAUAGCGAAAAGAUGGUUCCAAUUAACUUCAAUCCCCGACCACCUCAUUCUGGAUUAGAAAAAUCGUGGAAAGACCUACAGAGAAUGGCAGCUUCAUUAAAUAGAGUUCAAGUUCAGCUAUCUGAUAUCAGUCAUCAGAGCGUAAACGAAAUUAAGACUAGUUUCAGAAAAUUGCAUGAUGAGCUAAAUGAACGAGAAGCUCAGUUAAUGAUUGAAGUUGAUAGAGUAAAAUCCGAUGCAAAAACGAUGCUGAUGAAUCGCCAUAAAAAAUGCAUGGAAUUAAAGGCCAGAUGUGAUCGUUCCAGUACUCUAAAUGAAAAAGAAAUGGCUUUCUUGAGAACUGAUAUUAAACACUUCGUCAGUGAUCGCCGAGUGGAUGAUCAAUUUUCAACAGCUACAAAAUAUUCUGCUGAGUUUAAAGAACUCCUUGAACAAAUAAGAAAUUUCGGUCAUCUUAGUGGCGUCAAAGGUCAUUACUCUACUCCUGCUACACCUGUGAGUCCAAAUGCAGAAAUAAGAAAAGCAGAGUCUGCUCAUAUUCCUGCUGCUGCACCUGCACCUGUUCCCGUUGCUGCUAAGUCUCAGAAAGUUACUCCUCCAGCGCCAGUCGAAGCACCAGUGAAAGUUCCUGUUAACAAUAAAAAAGCCGAUGUUGUGCUACCUCAAGCUAAAAUAAAUGUUACAAAAAUCGACGUACCUGACUUGAGUGGCGAAAUUUCGGUUGAAAAGAAAAAAGAAGCCGAAAAUAUUGCUGACAAAAUUCUUAAUUCGCUCAAUAUAGGGACCAAACCCCAACCGAAAAAACAGCCAAAAGAAAAUGGUAAGGAGGACAAUCAUCGCUCCAAUUCUGGAAAGUCGAAAUCUCCUGAAAAAAAGUCGCCACGUCGAACUCCUUCGCCCAGAAAGCCUCGGGAGAAUAACAAUUCUGAAUCGAAAGAUGCUGAACAAGCUCUUCCUCAGCGUAGUGCAAAACGCCCCCGAGGUGGAAAGAAAAAUGAUGUAGCUCAAGAUCAAGGUCAGGCUCAAGCUGUUGUUAACGGCCUCACAAACGGUCAUUGA